AAAUAUUCAAAUAGCAGUGAAUUUGUGAGACACAGAGAAGUGAAGAUAAUAAACCAAUAACUCAGCACCAGUUUCGCCCACGAACCAGCCUUCUUCUCAGUGUCCCGACCAACAAACUCGUACCAUCCUUAAGUUUCCAUCUUCCUCUUCAUCCUUAUCAGAAAUGGAGCAGUGCGUGGAAGAGAGAGCAUUGAAAUCAAGUUUGCGUGGAGAGUUGCCGGAGAAAUCGACGCAGCAAGCGUUGUUGGACGACCAUUGUUUUGCUAUCGGGGUUCCCGGCGAGGAUUUCUUCGUGGACGACCUUCUGGACUUGUCUAAUGCAGAGUUUGAAGAUGGGAACGUCGUGGGACAAGAAGAGGAACAACUCGUAAAAGAUUCCCUUUCCGGCUCGUCCUCCCAGGAACAAGCCGACGAUGAUAGUUCCAAUUCCAUCCAUUUCUCUGGCACCGCUGAGUCUGAGUCUCAUCUCGCCAGCGAACUUGCCGUUCCUGAUGAUGAUUUGGCAGAGCUUGAAUGGGUUUCUCACUUUGUUGACGAUUCCCCGUCAGACUUCUCUGCUUCGUAUGUCGCCGGAAAACAGAAAGCUGAAACUCUUACUACGAACCGGUCCGAACAACCGGAGAGUAGACCGAGACCGAGUUCAACAAGACCUCCAUGUUUUUCCUCGGCGGUUCCUUCAAAAACCAGAACCAAACGGGCCAGGACCAAUAAUCGUGUUUGGACACAAGGGUCGGGGCUCCCUGAGUCACCGCCACCGUCUUCACCUUAUCUUAUCUUCACUAAUACCUACCAAAACAUGGAGCUAUUCGCGUUUGCCGAACCGCCAACGAAGAAGCAGAAGAAGAAACCCAGGGUUCUGACCGGUGGGACCCUGUUUCAGCGUAGGUGUAGCCAUUGCCAGGUGCAGAAGACCCCCCAGUGGAGAACCGGCCCGAAGGGUCCCAAAACGCUCUGUAACGCAUGCGGGGUACGGUACAAGUCUGGAAGGCUUUUCCCGGAGUACAGACCGGCAUGUAGUCCUACUUUUUCUGGCAAUGUUCACUCGAAUAGCCACCGCAAAGUGUUGGAGAUAAGGAAGAGAAAGGAGAUGAUGACUGAACCAGGAUCAGGGUUGACACAGAUGGUCCCAAGUUUUUGAUAAUUUAACCAAGAAUACAUGCAGCAGCGGAGUUAAGAGACUUGUAACAAUAUCAUAGGAAGGUUCUUAAUUAUAGCUCUUCUAUUCUUCUUUUUCUUUGGUAUUUUUUUUGAGGUUUAGACUUAGGUAGCAUUUGGAUUUUGUUCUAAUGUUUAGUUCAAUUAUUUUGAUUAUUUUUCCACA